UGAAAUACAUCACUCUCCUUCACAAUCGAGUGGAGCUCAAUGAAUCUCUCCUGCACUAUGGUGGGUAGCCAGUUGUAGGCUCCUUACCUGUUCAAUGCGGAGAUUGGGUGACAGACCUUGGAAAGAUGGCUUUUCAUAGCCUGUCCAAUAGUCCGUGGAGGAGCCAGAACAGCAGCUUCUAUCCAAAGGACACCAUUGUCUCAGAACACGGGGAGACUGUAAUUGGCAUCUACCUGCUAACUCUCGGCUGGUUCUCCUGGUUUGGAAACAGCAUGGUGAUAUUUGUGCUGUGCAGGCAGAGAGCAACACUGCAGGCAACAGAUUAUUUAACCUUUAACCUGGCUGUAUCAGAUGCCAGUGUCUCUCUGUUUGGAUACUCCCGUGGGAUCAUAGAGAUUUUCAAUGUCUUUCGAGACGAUGGGUUUCUGAUUACAUCAAUAUGGACCUGUCAGAUUGAUGGGUUUCUCACACUGCUCUUUGGUCUGUCCAGCAUUAACACCCUGACAGUGAUCAGCAUCAUAAGAUAUAUUAAAGGCUGUCACCCAUACAAAGCUCACUAUAUUAACAGACAGAACAUAAACCUGUUGAUGACACUGAUAUGGGCCACUGCUCUCUUCUGGUCAGCAUCCCCUUUGUUUGGAUGGGGAAGUUACAAAGACCAGAUGUAUGGGACAUGUGAGAUUGACUGGGGCAGAGCAGUGUUCUCCACUGUCUACAAAUCCUACAUUGUUUCCAUCUUUGUCUGUUGCUUCUUCUUGCCAAUGUCUAUCAUGCUCUUCUCGUAUAUAUCCAUCUUCAACACCAUCAAGUCAAGCGGGGCGCUGGCGGGAGCAGAGGUCCAGGGAGACCGCCAAAGGAAACUGGAGAGGGAUGUAACCCGGGUUUCAAUGGUGAUCUGCACUGCAUUCAUUAUUGCCUGGUCACCAUACGCAGUGAUUUCAAUGUGGUCAGCGAGUGGGCGCCAAGUUCCAAAGUUUACCAGCCUGCUCGCCAGCCUCUUCGCCAAGUCUGCCAGCUUCUACAAUCCCAUCAUCUACUUUGGAAUGAACUCCAAGUUCCGGCGGGAUGUCAUAACGCUCCUAUUUUGUGUUAGUGACAAGAACAAUGUGAAGCUCAAACGGAUCAAGGAGUGUUCGGAGAGGGGCCUGGAACGUGAGGCAGAUGUGCUGAGGGACAGCCCCAACUCCGGGCUGGAGAGCCCAGGUAACGGGUGCCAGGGAUCAUCAUACUUCCCCAACUGUGAGAAUUCAGGUUAUGAAUGUGACAGACUCUAGGGGGUUUGCUAUAGAGAAGUGUAUCAUUACUGUAAACAACUUGCUGUGCUGAAACAAGCAAAAUGUUACCUCUUGUCCUAAAAAUCAUCACGCACAGAGAUAGAUUAGUGGUCCAUUCCCUAAGUCAACCCUGUAUUGUGUACCACGGUGAUUGUAACAUCUUGACAAUCAGUUUCUGCCACUGAGUCUCUCUAGAUUUCAGGUAGUGUUAUAGGACUGUACUGGAACUGGAGACAGGGUUCUAACACCAUAGAGUCCCUCUGUACUGGGAAUGGAGAUAGAGUUAUAACACGUUAGAGCCCCUCUGUGCUGAGUCUGACAAUAGGAUGAGAACAUUGUUGCUAUGAUAAAAGCUGGAAACAUACCCUCUUGCUUUUGGCUCACUACCCUUGUGUCCAAAAAAUACAAUGAUAACAUUUUAUUGCAAUUACCAAGAUGGCCAAUUAAGUACCAGUAUCAAGUUUAAAAUAAAACCAUCGAUAUCUCAGGUUCUUUUAAUAAAUGUAAGAUUAUUAAUUUAUUGUAAAGCAAAAUGUGUUCAAUGAAAAUGCAAAACUAGUCAACAUGUAAAGUGUUUAAUAUGCUAUAUAAAUACUUAGCCCCCAAAAUACAUAAAACACCCUCACAAGACACAUCAGGGAAACAUCAGGGAAAUAAAAAUGAGUUUCUCUGCGAAGUUUGCCUUUUUGGACAAAAACACUUUGGCCAAUGCAUCUUAUUCUUGGAAGAGGAAAAACUUCAGAUGUGAAAAGUUCAUAUCGUCUUCUGAUCCUACGGACUGGUACCUGAGAACAUGCCAUUAAACACACGCAGUUGUCUGUCAAGUCUUGGCAGAUGUAGCUUGCUCAGGAAAUACAACAUUAAGUGAUUCUCUCAGUCACUUUUCCAGAAGAGUGAAGAAAUUUCAUCUUGACCUCACAUCCCGUAGCACGAGCUGAUCACCUUGGCAAGCCUUUACCCCACUGAAGACCAGAACAAACCCAAACCAAUCACUGCUCAAACAUUCGCAUUCAACUAAAGUCUGGCAUGUGAUUUUUAUGAAGACAUUUGUGAAAAAAAUUCCAAUGACAAAAUGUCAUUUCAACAACCUCUUUUGAAGACACCAUUCCAGAUAUGUCCACAAAUUCGGAAAUUAAUCCAUUUUCCACAUUUCUUCAAAAGUUACAUUCUCACUUCAAAUAUCAAAUA